UGCGUUUGAAAAGAAGAGAAAGUAUAAAGUUAUCAAAAUGUUUAAAUUUGACAUCGAACAACUAUAAUUUUCCGCGAAAAUUGAAAUCACUGUCAUAUCAUGAAUCUAUCUAUAUAGCAAAACUUGACUAUGGCUAAAACUAAAACAACCAAAAGUAAAAAUUCACAAGAAUCAAAUGACAAGAAAACAGGAAAAAAACAGAAAACCAACGAAAAUUCUAGCAAAAAUAGGUCUUUGCAGACUUCAAUUCACAAAUUUACUGUUCCAGCAUCUGAAGUAAAAAGAAAGAGUCUAAUUACCUCCAAAAAGUUUGACACAUUAGUAAAGAAAAAGACAUUUUCUGGGAAGCAAACCAAGAAUUGGAAAGUAAUCCAUCAGUCUACACAAGAUUAUAUCAGUGACUAUUUAGAAACAGGAGUAAGAAUUAUAUUGUCCAAAGCAACAAAUGAAGGACAUAAUGUGGACGAUCUACAAGAUGUAUUGUCUGAAACAGUAAAAGGCAUUAAAGAUCAGUUGAAAAAACUAAGAGCACCAGUGAAGAGUUAUGGAGACAUCAAGAAAAUUGCACAGAUACAGAGAACAGCCGCUGGAGAAUCGCAGAAUGUUGCUAACCAUGAAGAAAUUCUAGAAGAGGUUGUUCGAGAGGAAGAAAAUACAGUACAGCAGUAUGAAAUGGAACUUAACAGAUUACAGGCAAACAGUAAUGAUGAGAUAGAACUCCACCCAUUUCUCUGUAACUUCAAAGAAGAACUACACAUACCACCAGUAUCUUAUAGGUAGAGACCAAGUUUCACCAUCAAAGAGAAAAGGAAUUGUGUUCAAUAACAAACAGUGAAAACUUUGUCAUAGCAAGAUGAUAGAUAGAUUGCUUAAUGCAGUCAAAGAUGACCAUUUUUCAUUUUAUAUCAGAUUGGAAAUUAAAAUUAAAAGGAUAGCCUAUAAAUUUCA